UGGCGCCAAAUCAUUUUGCGGGGAAGCUGAGCGAGCCUAAGGGAGCGUGGGGAGCGUCCACCGUCUCUUCCAAUAAAGCUGUGCAGCGGUAAACCGGAUGCAGCUAGCUGCGCGGGCGGGCGGAACUUGAAGAGACAAAUGAGUGUCCCAUCAAUGCCUAGAAUGUUGCAGGUCUGAAGUAUCCGUAGUUGAGUGUCGUUCUGUUCGCCGUUGGCGUUGGCCCAGUGUUGUAGAGACAUUUUAAAGUUCUUGGGUACCAUAAAUCUCUUCCGAGUAUCAUAAUGGCUGAGUCAAAUUUCCAAUCUCGUCUGGAAGAAUUCGAAAAACAACUGUCCAUUAAUAAAAGUCUUAAAGAACAGAUAGCAGUAUUAAAAGCUACAAAGGAAGCCCAGCUCAGGGAGAUAUCUAUCGCAAAGGCUGAAGUGAAACUUCGUGACCAAGAAGCGGAAAUGCUUGUUACGCAAAUCCAAAGUGAGGAAGAACGUAUAGCGUGGCAUGAUGAAAUAUUAAUUCCCCAGCUUAAGAAUGAUUUAAAAGCUAAAAAAGCAUUCAUUGAGUCAAAGAAAGAAGAAUAUAGAAAAACACUGGAAACUUAUGAAAAUAAAUGGAAAGAGUAUGAGGCCAUAUAUAACCAAUAUCCUCGAGUACCUGAAAGAAAUGCUCAGUUAGAACGUCUUGAGUUGUUAAGGGUUGAGGCAGCCAAUAAAAAAAAAGAGAUUGCCGAAAAACAGAUUCAAGCCAAAUCAGUACAGGAAAGCAAAGCUCGUAGAUUAGAGGAGCUGAAAGAGGAGUUGAUUAAAUGGCAUAAAAUUGAGCAAGAUGAGAAGGCCAAACAUGAAGAGUUGCUACUUAGGAAAAGAGAGUUGGAGGAAAGAAUUGCAGCAAAGGAGGCAAAGAUACUCAGUCAAAAACCUAUACCAGUUGUUCAACCUGAACAGAAUCCUCGAAUUAUUCCGUUCAAAAUUCCUACGAUGGAUAGCUUUUUAGAUGCACUUAAAAAUGUUGCCCCAAACCCUUUUAAAGGAUCGAGUUCAAGUCAAAGUCAAGGUACAGAUCUCAGGAUAACGCAGGUCACACAUCCUCCUGCAAAGCUCGUUUGCAGCACUGAUAUGAGUCUAGGUCAAGGAAGAAACCUUUCACAUGCUGGUUUGUCAAAGCAAGUGGAACCCAUUAAGAUAAAUCAAGAGAAAUCAGGUUGUGUAAAGGAAUUGUCAGUUUGUAAACCAAUGGAACCACCAGUCUUAUGCUCUGGUGGUGUGGACCUACCUGUUAACAAAAGCAAGUCUGAGCAGACAUCAACUGAAACCCCAAAAUCUCCAAAGGUUGUUGGACGCCCAGUCAGUGGCCUAGGAAACAAAAAGAAAGAAGUGAUACUAAGCACCGAUAAUAUUGCGGCCAAGAUGAAGGAAUCUGUUCCACAUCUCCCUCAAAUUGGGAAAAGUAAAAUAAUUCGUGCAACUCCACAAAUUGAACAAAGUUCUUUGAUUCAAGAUUCUUCCAUGAAACAGGAUUUGACUGAAAGCCCGAGUACUAUUGACAACAACAGAGAUAUUCAUGAAGAACCACCUCUGCUUCAAGCUGAGAGUGAAGCUGUACAAACUGAAUCUUGUAGUAAAAAAGUUGCACGCCAAGAUUCAGGCGAUAUGUUUACAGAUGAUGCCAAUGAAGAAACCUCAGAGCCAAACUUCAAUAAUUACAACACAGAGUUCAGAGAAGAUAUGUAUGAUGACCUACAAAGUCCACCUCCAUUUGAUGUUGAUGUGGCCAUGUCCCCUGUACAAGCUACUUUCAGUUCUCCUUCAAGCUUUGGGGAAGAAAAUCAGACAGAUCAACAGGGUGAAACUGCUUCAUCAUUUGGUGGAUUUGGUUUCUUCAAGAGUUCGAGCUCUGCUUCAAACGUUUUUGGUGGGCCGACCGGCUCUACUGAUGAUCAAAAAGGUCAAGAUAAGCCUCCCUCCAGCUAUUCAUUCUUUUUUUAAAAAAGUGAUCACUUUUACUGUUUAACUUCUUUAUUUAAUCUUAUUUUCUUAUUUAUGAGAGAUUCCUUUUUGUUUUCCCAAUGAUUAUAUGUGUAAUUGGAACUUUUUGAAGAAAGCCUCAAGAUUCAAUUGAUAUAAAAGUUUGUAGUCAGUUGCAUACAAUAAAUAAGUUAUUUUUUUCUCCCUAAAAAUCAAAGAACUUGUUUGAUUAUUGCUUUAG